AUGAGUGCUGCUCGUCGUCGUAUCCAAACGAAAACUUCGUCAGCAACUUCUCUGAAAGAUCGUUCAACUGAAAGCGAACCAUUUAUUCCUGUACCUUCUCGACAAGGAUUUUUAAAUGACCGAACAGAUUUCACUUUAGAUCCAUCGUUAGUGUUUGAUCAAUUACCUCAACCAUUUCGACGAAUCAAUAAAGUUCUCGAAUCGAUAUUUGACGAAGCUUGGACUAUCAUCGAACAACGCGAAAAGCAUCGCGCCUCUGAACAAGCUAAAUUUGUCUCUGCACAACAUACAUCCUCGACAAUAAUAAACAUUCCAUUUCCUGUAUCAUUGAUUGGCAGUCACAUAUCUGGAACGUUGUGUUUUUUUAAUGGAAUCCAAAAUGAACAGUCAUACAUUGUUUGUUAUGACAAUCAAGUCGAUGAAAUCGUCAAUCAAGUUCCAAUUGACAGUCUAUUAAAACAAAUGGUUGUGUUUAAAACAGAAACAUCGAUUAAAAACACGAUCUAUUUCUUAAGUGUUAUCGAUAAAUCUGGAUAUUGGAAAAUGAUGGCUUAUAAGAAUCAAAAAUACUAUCUACUAUUUACUCAAUAUGAAACAGAAGAUGAUAGUAAACGUCCAUCAUGUUUGCUAACUCAAACUGGAUUGAAAGAUGAGUACUUAAUUGUUUCUUGGUUUGGUGUCAAUCAUGAUUCUUGGAUCGAAGUGUACAAAUUACCGAAAGAGCAAUGGAAAACAGAAAUUGCAAAUCAAGAACAAGUAAUUGCUACGAUGCGUGCUCAAUUCUCUCGUCCAACAGUUCUGUUCAAAGCUAAAGCUCCUAAAUUUAGUCCAGGUUCGAAUAAUUUUCAACAGCUGAUGAAAAACACCGAAAACUCAACCAAUAUUGGACAAGGAACAGCAAAUCAUUUUUUCACUUCACAAAUUAUUGACUUCAAAACGGUAUUGAUCAGAGAUCUCAUGUUACAAUCAAAGAAAAUAGAUGUGAAUGAUCGACCAAUAACAGUACCUAAAUCAGAACUCCUUCCAUCCAUGAUCCCAACUAUGGUUUUCAUUCCGGCUGGAACACCAACAGGAAUAAAUACACUGGCAGUUAGUUGGCCAACGAUAAAUCAACUAUUAUUCUACAAAGUUGCCAAACCUGACAGUAAAGGAAAAGAAUCAACAGAUGCUCGUCCAAUGACAAUAUGGCCGUUUUCCACUCAGAUCACUAGUUUAUCCUAUGAUACCAAGCAUGAACAUCUUGCUGUCGGCCUUCAGUCAGGAAAUAUCUGUAUCAUUGAACGAACCAACGGUGUCAAUGAUCUCCCUACUGUUCUACAUAUUGGUUCAGUUCCAGCUCUCGAUAUUCAUGCACUCGAUUCUCAUGAAUGUUCAUUGAAUACGACGAAUAAUCAAAAGAAAAACAACGGAUUCUUUGUUUUAUCGAACGAUGGUAGAAUCUAUCGAGUGAAAUUCAAAGCAACAUUACCCGAUGAAAAUAUGGACGAACAACAACGUCCAAUUGUUUGUUUUCCAUCAGAGCAAAGUAAAGAUGCAUCCAAGAUCAUUCAGAUGAUGUUUUUCAAUUGUAAUCCAUCGAAUAUGUUUGUGACUAUCAAUGAAUUAAAUCGUAUUUAUAUAAACGAUGCAUUAAAAUGUACACAACUAUGUGAAAUAAUCUUGCCUGACUCGACUAAAAAUGAAAGCGAACCAUUUCAAAUUGCAUUUGUAGACGAUGCAAGGUUCAUUAUUAUCGGAGUACCUGAGAAUACGAAUCAAUCAUCAGAAGAAGAAAAUACACCAUCAUCUUUACGUCUUUAUCGUGUACCAUUAGAACACUUUCCUUCAUUGGAAAGUUUUUAUCCUGAACGUCAACCUCCGAUUGUUGAUGAUGUCGAACCAGUCGCGGAAACAAAACCAUCCAAAGCAGCUGCUUCUCAUUCGAAAAAGGCAUCUCCGGUUGUUGAGAUUGACAAAACUGCUUUAUUAUUUGAUGAAAAAAUCAAAGAAAUCUUUCUUCAAAGACAAGCGAAUUCUCUCGACCGACGUGAACGUCUACGAACUCGCUGGAGUGAAAUCAAACUUCACUGCAAUCCAGUGUAUGAACAAUCAACAUAA